AAGCGACACGUGGGAACGCCGCCCGCCCAAGUCGCCUUCGAGACGGCCGAGCACAAACACGCGAGCUAACCAAAAUGUAAACGGUGUUGUGAAAAACUGUGAAUACUAAAAAAUACCUUAUACACAUAAUAAUUCGGUUCUAAAUCAAUUGCAAUGUUAUUGUAUACCUGUUAUCGUAGUGGCCUUGCACAGUAUCGUAAUCGGUGAAAGCUUAAUAUUAUUUACGGCUCUUUUUGAUGUAUUUAUUUAUAAAUUCUCUUUGAAAUUAUUCAUCGUAACUUCGUGCCUUAUUGGAUGUGUGUAAGCUGUAGUGCGUGAGUCAUUGCUUGAAAAUGCAAUGUCAAAAGUUCCUGGUUUUAAUUACUGUGCUGAUAAUAGUUGAACCCAUAGCCGCAUUGAGAGCUGAUAUCGUGAAGGAAUGGGCCCGAACACUGGGAGAUGAAAUUUGGCGCUUAAGUGAAUCUCUCACUAAAUCGGAUGAAAUCAGAAUUAAAUACAAGCAAAUGAAUGCCAGUGUAAAGAAAAAAGAUGGAAAACAAAUUCUGGAAUCGUCCCUGAGGUCUGUUAGCACAAUGUUGACGCGAAAAAUCAAUGCUGUGAAGUGCAUUCAUGCAACGGCAGAGAGACUCGCAGCUGAGUUUAAUUUUACUGAAGUGAAGAACACCAACUUCGAGUAUUGUUCCGCGAAAUAUUCCGACUUUUACUACGAGGAUGGAUCCCAGUUGGAACGCGAUGAGGACGAUGUACCGAAAUUUGCGCGGAAUAAUUCCAACUAUAUGGAGGUGUCGCUCGAAAAAGAUUCGCAUUUCUACGAUAUAAGUGUGAACACAAAUAUGAGCUGUAUUCAUGUGCCGACAAAUAUAUAUUACGAAGAGGAAGAUGCUUUAAGUGCUAUUUUAUGGUCAAAGGGACUGAACGAAGUAUUCAUAAAGAACUACAAUUCUGACCCAUCGUUAGUGUGGCAAUACUUCGGAAGUUCGCAUGGCAUACUUCGAUUUUAUCCUGGCAUGCCAUGGAAUAUGAAAGAAGUUGAUACGUACGAUUGCAGAGUCAAAUCCUGGUAUAUAGAAGCUGCCACUUGUUCCAAAGACGUGAUUAUCUUAUUCGAUGUAUCAGGUUCGAUGACUGGCUUCAAGAACUACGUGGCAAGAAGGACACUGGGUUCAUUGCUGGCAACAUUGUCUAACAACGAUUACGUUAACGUAUUCACCUUCAAAGCAAACACCUCGGAAGUAAUCCAAUGCUUUCAGAAUUUGGUACAGGCAACCCCAGAAAAUAUUCUUACUAUUAUAAAUAAACUUGAACCGACGGAUAAAGGCAAGAAACAUAAAAUACCACUGGAAGGUAAUGCCAACUUAACUGAAGCCUACAUUAAGGCUUUCACAACCCUCAAACACAGGCGAAAUCGUUGCAACGUCAGCAGCACGCAAGGAUGUAACCAGCUAGUAAUGGUGAUCACGGAUUACGUGCCGGGAAACCUGACGGAGGUGUUUGAGGAGUACAACAGGGAGGUGAUCGGAGACAAGACGUUGAUACCUGUGAGGGUGUUCACAUACCUCAUUGGGAAAGAGGUCACAAAUGUACGCGAGAUACAGUGGAUGGCUUGCUUGAACCGAGGUUACUUCGUCCACAUCCAUUCUGUGGAGGAGGUGCAGCAGCAGGUGUUGAAGUACAUCAACGUGAUAGCCCGUCCUAUGAUCCUGGCAGGGGAGGAACCAACCCCCACCUGGACUCACGCCAACAUCGACUACACAAGGACUAAAGAUUGGGGCGUAAGCGGUGAUUUAUUAAAACCUGAUGAGGAUAAAUUGGUGACAUCAGUGGCUAUUCCUGCAUUCGACUACAAGUAUAAUGAGAACAACAAUGACGCCAGACUGUUGGGUGUGGCCGGAACUGAUGUCCCGAUAGACAGCAUCGCGAAACUUGCACAACCACAUCAGCUUGGCGUGAAUGGUUACUCGUUCAUAGUGAGUAACAACGGCUACCUGCUUUUACAUCCGCUUCUAAUUACAACUAUAAACGGAAAGUUGCAAGAUAACUACAAUAGCGUAGAUUUCGUAGAAGUGGAACAAGUAGACGAUGGCAAAGGGCCCCGGGAGCUCGGCGACAAGAUUAAGAAGUUGAGAGUGAGUCUUGUCAAUGGCGUUGACGGCAAUAUGACUGCUGUGGAGGUGCUCUUUCAUUACGACAAUAUGAGGAGAAUAGCACGAGUGAAACAUGACUAUUUCUACAAUAAAUUAGAAGGUACCCCUUUUUCUAUGGGCAUUUCUCUACCCAUGGGCUAUGGUGACACAGAGCUUAUGUUGAAAGAUAAUCCCUUGGAAGCCAAGCAGGGCCAGGCGCUAGUGGGGGUGAACGUUACCAGUUACUUCAACUUUACGUACCGAGUACAUCCUGAUUGGGUUUACUGCAAGUAUCAUUACUUAGAAGGGCAUGAGUCGGAAAACGCAGAGGUGGAAAUAUUCAAGUUUCUUGUAAACCUUUCGAAGAAUCAAAUUGAUAUUACCAAGAAACAGUACGGUGAAGAGGCCCAGGACGCUCUGUUUAGUGUUGAGACACACUGUGGUACCACACCACUGGGUAAAGAUGACUAUUACUGUAACGAGGACUUAGUCAAACAGCUCGUGUUCGAUGCAAAACUUUCCACACCUUACUUCAGGCACUGGGAAGCGUCUGAAGAAGAGCAGGAGUUGGCGCGGAAGUAUAAUGUCAGUGUAAGGUUUAUAGCGACAUCUAGCGGACUCACUCGCUGGCAUUAUAUAUUCGAUGAUGAAAAAAAUGAAAAGGUCAAUGAAUUUGGGUUUAGAGAAAAGGAGUUUGAUGGAAAGGUUUUCGGUGACUUACACUACAACACGAUCGAAGAAACGUGGUAUAAGGCGGCAGUACUCCAGCACAUGAUAAGUAAAGAGUCGCUUGUGAUCGCUACCCCACUACCGAUACUGGACAAGACCAUAGCCAACCGCCCGUCGGUGUGGGACGAGGAAGGAGACAUAACCCUCACCGCCAGCUAUGCGAUAUUCUACAAAGACGGCAAUUCUGAAACCCCUGCUGCCGUUGUUGGCUUUCAGUUCGUGUAUUCUAAUUUCUUUGAAGUCUUCCAGGAUAUCACUAAUAAAGCGGGUAAUGGCCUGACUUGCGAAAAAGAUGGCAACUAUGACUGCUACGUCAUCGAUAGUUCCGGCUACGUGGUAAUUCUGGAGGAGGAGUCAGAUGACAACUCUGUGGGAGACUUCUUCGGUCAGAUCCAACCGCAUGUGCUGCAAUCCUUUAUUGACAAGCGGAUAUUCGAGUACGUAGAAGUGUUCAACUACCAGGCGCUUUGCCCACUGUCUGUGCUGAGUGCUCAGAAUAGUGCGUAUUCGUUCACUACGAUCUAUAGUCUGUUGACAAAUUUAAUCAAGUGGUUGUUAGCUGAUGCCUUCUUGCUUAUGUUUAACUUUGCUAAUAUGCACUCGUAUGCCUCAACUAUAGAAACUUUUGUUGGUGAUAGUUACGAAACGACCACAAAUUACCCUGACACGACACCCUUGCCGACUGAGAAUGAGAAUGACACGCAGAAAGCAAAAGAAGAUGAACAGAAUCCAUUCUUCUCUUGCGACCACAGCAUCAAGCUUUACAUACUCAACCAGUCUUACUUCUUAGACUCAAUGGUGCUAGCUCCCGUGGUUUCUGAGGAGGAAGCAGGCGAAUGCCAUCCCCCGUACUGGGCGACUUUAGUACCAAAGACAAAUUUACUUCUAGUGGUUGUGGAACGUGGGCCGUUUUUGUAUGACAAGAAUUGUACGAUACCUCCAGAUACAACCCCGAUUCCGACCAGUGAAUCGACUCAAAGUCGGGAUCCUUGUCAUAAGCUGGACUUGGGGAAGCUAACUCGUCGACGAUUGGAAGGGUGCUAUACAUAUCAUGACAAUGAGAAAAAUAUAAAAGCCUGCGGAUUGGGAAGUCUUUCAAAACCGAACACACUCAUCCUCCUUAUUGCCUCGUUAGUUUUAUUGACAUUGAAAUUAACGUGAUAAAAACAUCGACUAUUAAAAUUAUAUUUAUUUCACAAUAAACAUGUUGCUAUAAAA